AUGCGUGCCACAUUCUCCAGGAUAUCUGGCAGGAUAUCCGACAUAAGUUUAGGCAGGUCUGGUGAUAAUGAUAAACCCAACCGCCGACACACCCUGAACCUGGGAAACUUCACUUUCUCCCGGUCCAGGACUAGGGCGCAUGAACGACAGGUGUCGGCGCCUAUGCCUGGAAGUAAACUUGCGCUUACAGAUCCGGUCCCGUCGAUACGCCACACGGAUAUUGAUGAAGGGUCCAUUCAACGACCACGAUCUCUGCCCCCGCAGAUUAUCUGGCCGAGUGAUGGGAGUGGAACGUUGAAUUUGUCGUUCCCGGAUUAUGCCUCGCAGAUGAAUACAGGGACUGGAACGCAGUACUCAACCAGCCGUCCACCAAGCAAUUUCACUAACACUCGCAUGCCCACCAUCAGAUGCGUCGACUGCGAAUCCCAGUCCGGAUCUCAAUCCCAAUCACACGGACCCCGCACUACAACACCGACACCAUCCAUUCGUGCCCUCGAGGAUCCGAAUCCAGAUCGUCGAGAAACCAACGAAUACCUCCAAUCACCACACGAACCGCUAAAAAAACAAUCAAUCUCAUCCAUAGCAACCGAACCAGCCACUCGCCCCGCCCCCGCAUCCACAUCUGCAUCUAAAAUCUCACAGUCCUCUGAGAUUGGCCAGCCGGGUUUUGGCCCCCAAGGCCAACACCAACAACAACACGAGGUUGCGGCUCCGGCUCCGGCUGCGGCUGCGGCUGCACCGACUGCAGUCCAACGUAAUACGGAGUCAACUAGAUCAUCCACCGGCACGUUUCGGUUUUAUGGACAGCUCAACCAAAACCAAAACCUGAAUCAGACCCUGAAUCAGGAUCGCAAACAAGAUCCGGGUGCAGGGGAGAAUGACAGGACUGAAACCGACAUGGCCGAUCACAGGAAUAAAGAUAAGAGCUCGAUGCGCAGAAUGUAUCAGCGCAUAGUACAGAGUACUUCUGCAACUUUGACGGGCGAGAAGCAGAAGAAGGCAUUGCGCAGGAUUAGUGACAUUUUCCAGCCGAGAAGGGAUAAAUUGCAACAGGCUCGUGAGAAGGAGAAGUUGCCGGCGCCUUCUCAACCUCACCAUCACAACGAUAACGAUAGCGAUAGCGAUAGCGACGAUACCAACAAUACCUCUGACGAUAACGAUAACGACGACACAGACACUACGAAAGAAACCAACACCACCCAACUCCAACUUCAACCCGAAAUCCAAGCCACCACCAACAAAACCCCCCAAGACACGCACCCGUACCAUCCAAACGACUACUGGGACCGCAUCCGCCAACACCAUCAACAACACCAACUAUCUCCUUCAAUCUCCCACCAAUCCCUCCCCCGCCAUGUACCCAACAUACACAUACACAUAACCAGAAAGCCAUCACUACUGUCUUCUUCCUCGUUGACCGAGGCGGAUUCGAGAGGCCGACUGGCGGAUCAGUAUCACGCGCAGGAUCUACGGCUGAGGUCAAGGAGUCCGAGACUUGCGCCAGCUUCUAAUGCCCCGUCUAUUGCUAGCAGGAGCAGUAACGGAGGCAGAGAUGAACAUGAACAUGACGAAAGCCAGCAUCCGCAUGAACCCGCAAACGAGAACCAAGAUGUAAAUGGAAGCGAGAAUGACAUCGACCCGCGCAGUACGACUAGCCCUGCUUCCCAACGCAGUACCUUCCACUCUAUAAACCCCCGCACAAGCCACAUGGGUGAUCAGGAAUUACCCUGGAAACUGCGCAUCCCAGGCGACAUCGACGAGGAACACGAACAUGAGCAUGAGCACGAACACACUCGUUCCCAGGGCCCCGCCCCUCCUACAACCACCGCCCUCACCACCGUCACUACUACCCCAGCCCCUCAAAUUGCUACCACUCCAGCAAUAACACCAAACAAAGAUGAAACCAAUGACAACGAAGCCGCGCACCAACAAAAAGCAAUCCGCACCAUAAACGAAGGCCAGUCACCCAUCGAACUCCCGGCCCCGGGACAAAGCGGUGGGAAAGACGAGGAGAGUUCGGAUGAGGAGGUUGUUAUGUCGAGCACGGCGUAUCCGGGGCAGGAGUGGAGGCCGGCUGGGUUUUCGGGGUGGGAGUAUUGA